AAAGUUCUUGGUAGAUUUUGGUUCGGCCCAUUGGAUCUUCCGACUCACACGCACCACCAUGACCGACGGGCCCUCGACCACCGGCGAUUCGCCGCCGCCGCCGCCGCCGGAGAGCGGCGGCUCCAUCUCCUCCAUGGUUGCCUCCUCUGCCGCCUCCGCUGCGGCCGCGGCCGCGGAUUUCACUCGCCGUGGCGAGGCCUUCGGCGCCGAUAUGGCCUCCGCAGCUAGGGCUGCCAUGGACACCGCCAUCGCCCACUCUCAGUCAACCGCCAUCGCCGCCGCAGAAGCUGCCUCCUCGGCCAAGGCCGACGCCCUCGCCGCCUUCCCCAGCCUCACGCUCAACGCAAAGGAGGAGUUCGAAUGGUUAAAGAAGGAGUACACGGUUCACGAGCAGGUGGUGUUCGGCAAGAUCAAAGAGGGUGCCAUCAUGGCCAUCGAGCAUCCGGGAAUUGCUGCAGGCUCCACAGCAAUUGCUGGAAUUGUGCUCUUCAAAAGGCCAAGGAGCUACCUGAUCCAACGGGUGCGACGCAUAUUUGUAAGCAAGGAGACCCUACUUUCUGGCAUCCAAGCUGGCGUGAAUCACAUGAGACAAACUGUCAAUCUUGUGUCCAAUGAAAGCCAAAAGUUGCUGGAUAGAGCAGCAACUGCUGAAAAAAGAUUUCAGAAAGGAUGGAACACACUCAGGGAAGAAGGGCGUGCCAUUCAAAGUGAGCUGAACCAAAUAAGUGAUAUUGAGAAGCAAGCAGUAGGUCUCAAGAGCAUUCUCAAUCAGCUUCCCAGAGCACAUGCAUCUGAGUUUCAAUCAGAGAUAUCUGGCCUAGCCUCUCAGGUGAAGAAGGAGAAGAGAGUACUUAACAACACCCUCACGAAGAUUGCGAACUAUGGUGUCCCUAUCUGACUGUCGAAACGCAGCUUCAUUUGCUGUAGUUUUUAUCAAUGAAGAGAUUCUGAAGACAUGGGUGAAUCUUUUACUUUAUACUACUUGUCCGCGGAGGGGAAAGGAAAUAAUACGUUUUAUCAGUCUUGGCGAGAUGUAAAUUUGCCGCUGGUGCUGCAGCAGCAACAUAACAUUUUUGUAGUGUUUUGCAUCAUAUGGGCAUUCUCUGUUGCAUUGUCCAUGAAGUGAAAUGGACAUACUGCGUCGACCUUCCCUGCAAUUAAUCAAAUUAUGUUUUUUUUUUAA